CACAUUUCAGGGAGCCUUGGGAGGACCCCGAAUCACUGAUGGAAUUGGGCAGUGCAUGGAGAUGGCUCAGCAGGACGAGGUCCCUGGCCCCACCUCUUCUGCCACAAACGUCAGCAUGGUGGUAUCAGCUGGCCCUUUGUCCAGCGAGUAGGCAGAGAUGAACAUUCUAGAAAUCAAUGAGAAAUUGCGCCCCCAGCUGGCAGAGAAGAAACAGCAGUUCAGAAGCCUCCAAGAGAAAUGUUUUGUAAUUCAACUGGCCGGCUUCCUGGCCAACGGACAGAAGAAAUACAAAUAUGAAGAGUGCGAAGACCUCAUAAAAUCUAUGCUGAGGAAUGAGCGACGACAGUUCAAGGAGGAGAAGCUUGCGGAGCAGCUCAAGCAAGCUGAGGAGCUCAGGCAAUAUAAAGUCCUGGUUCACUCUCAGGAACGAGAGCUGACCCAGUUAAAGGAGAAGUUACGGGAAGGGAGAGAUGCCUCCCGCUCAUUGCAUGAGCAUCUCCAGGCCCUCCUCACUCCGGAUGAGCCGGACAAGUCCCAGGGGCAGGACCUCCAAGAACAGCUGGCUGAGGGGUGUAGACUGGCACAGCAACUUGUCCAAAAGGUCAGCCCAGAAAAUGACAACGAUGACGAUGAAGAUGUUCAAGUUGAGGUGGCUGAGAAAGUGCAGAAAUCGUCUGCCCCCAGGGAGAUGCAGAAGGCUGAAGAAAAGGAAGUCCCUGAGGACUCACUGGAGGAAUGUGCCAUCACUUGUUCAAAUAGCCAUGGCCCUUAUGACUCUAACCAGCCACAUAGGAAAACCAAAAUCACAUUUGAGGAAGACAAAGUCGACUCAACUCUCAUUGGCUCAUCCUCUCAUGUUGAAUGGGAGGAUGCUGUACACAUUAUUCCAGAAAAUGAAAGUGAUGAUGAGGAAGAGGAAGAAAAAGGGCCAGUGUCUCCCAGAUCAUCUGGGAGGUUUUGUUGUCUAAUGUCUGUUGGUUAAAUCUUCUAUCAUCCCUGUCCUGCCUGGCUCAUCAGGAAUCUGCAGGAGUCUGAAGAGGAGGAAGUCCCCCAGGAGUCCUGGGAUGAAGGUUAUUCGACUCUCUCAAUUCCUCCCGAAAUGUUGGCCUCGUACCAGUCUUACAGCAGCACAUUUCACUCAUUAGAGGAACAGCAAGUCUGCAUGGCUGUUGACAUAGGCAGAUAUCGGUGGGAUCAAGUGAAAAAGGAGGACCAAGAGGCAACAGGUCCCAGGCUCAGCAGGGAGCUGCUGGAGGUAGUAGAGCCUGAAGUCUUGCAGGACUCACUGGAUAGAUGUUAUUCAACUCCUUCCAGUUGUCUUGAACAGCCUGACUCCUGCCAGGCCUAUGGAAGUUCGUUUUAUGCAUUGGAGGAAAAGCAUGUUGGCUUUUCUCUUGACGUGGGAGAAAUUGAAAAGAAGGGGAAGGGGAAGAAAAGAAGGGGAAGAAGAUCAAACCCACCAUGCCCCAGGCUCAACGGCGUGCUGAUGGAAGUGGAAGAGCCUGAAGUCUUACAGGACUCACUGGAUAGAUGUUAUUCGACUCCGUCAAUGUACUUUGAACUACCUGACUCAUUCCAGCACUACCGAAGUGUGUUUUACCCAUUUGAGGAACAGCACAUCAGCUUCGCCCUUUACGUGGACAAUAGGUUUUUUACUUUGACAGUGACAAGUCUCCACCUGGUGUUCCAGAUGGAAGUCAUAUUCCCACAAUAAGCAGCCCUUACUAAGCCGAGAGAUGUCAUUCCUGCAGGCAGGACCUAUAGGCACGUGAAGAUUUGAAUGAAAGUACAGUUCCAUUUGGAAGCCCAGACGUAGGAUGGGUCAGUGGGCAUGGCUCUAUUCCUAUUCUCAGAGCAUGCCAGUGGCAACCUGUGCUCAGUCUGAAGACAAUGGACCCACGUUAGGUGUGACACGUUCACAUAACUCUGCAGCCCAUGCCGGGAGUGAUCAGUCAGACAUUUUAAUUUGAACCACGUAUCUCUGGGUAGCUACAAAAUUCCUCAGGGGUUUCAUUUUGCAGGCAUGUCUCUGAGCUUCUAUACCUGCUCAAGGUCAGUGUCAUCUUUGUGUUUAGCUCAUCCAAAGGUGUUACCCUGGUUUCAAUGAACCUAACCUCAUUCUUUGUGUCUUCAGUGUUGGCUUGUUUUAGCUGAUCCAUCUGUAACACAGGAGGGAUCCUUGGCUGAGGAUUGUAUUUCAGAACCACCAACUGCUCUUGACAAUUGUUAACCCGCUAGGCUCCUUUGGUUAGAGAAGCCACAGUCCUUCAGCCUCCAAUUGGUGUCAGUACUUAGGAAGACCACAGCUAGAUGGACAAACAGCAUUGGGAGGCCUUAGCCCUGCUCCUCUCAAUUCCAUCCUGUAGAGAACAGGAGUCAGGAGCCGCUGGCAGGAGACAGCAUGUCACCCAGGACUCUGCCGGUGCAGAAUAUGAACAAUGCCAUGUUCUUGCAGAAAACGCUUAGCCUGAGUUUCAUAGGAGGUAAUCACCAGACAACUGCAGAAUGUAGAACACUGAGCAGGACAACUGACCUGUCUCCUUCACAUAGUCCAUGUCACCACAAAUCACACAACAAAAAGGAGAAGAGAUAUUUUGGGUUCAAAACAAGUAAAAAGAUAAUGUAGCUGCAUUUCUUUAGUUAUUUUGAACCCCAAAUAUUUCCUCCUCUUUUUGUUGUUGUCAUGGAUGGUGGUGACAUGGACUUGUUUAUAGAGGACAGGUCAGCUGUCUGGCUCAAUGAUCUACAUUCUGAAGUUGUCUGAAAAUGUCUUCAUGAUUAAAUUCAGCCUAAACGUUUUGCUGGGAACACUGCAGAGACAAUGCUGUGAGUUUCCAACCUCAGCCCAUCUGUGGGCAGAGAAGGUCUAGUUUGUCCAUCACCGUUAUGAUAUCAGGACUGGUUACUUGGUUAAGGAGGGGUCUAGGAGAUCUGUCCCUUUUAGAGACACCUUACUUAUAAUGAAGUACUUGGGAAAGCGGUUUUCAAGAGUAUAAAUAUCCUGUAUUCUAAUGAUCAUCCUCUAAACAUUUUAUCAUUUAUUAAUCCUCCCUGUGUCUAUUAUUAUAUUCAUAUCUCUACACUGCAAAUUUUGGGUCUCAAUUUUUACUGUGCCUUUGUUUUUACUAGUGUCUGCUGUUGCAAAAAGAAGAAAACAUUCUCUGAGUUUUAAUUUUUGUCCAAAGCUAAUUUUAAUCUAUACAAUUAAAACCUUUUGCCUAUCA